UAGUUAACGUAUCACUGCAAUCAGCUCCAAGUUUGAUAUCGUAUCUUGAAGUGCUGUACCAUUAUUGAUUGAAAUACCAACAGUGAACAUACUCCUAUCUUCUGUGGGCAAUGUAUCGAGCGAGUUGUCAUAUAAAGCCAUAUGGUCGUGAUUCUUGAUGGGAAUAUUGGAGGUAUAUUUAAUUUAAUAAAAAGUGUGCGAGUUGAUGAAAUUUUGCACCAUCUAUUAUACUUAACGUUACGAAAUCGCACCAUACACGGAUACUGAACAUUGAGAAGUAACAGGAAGCCUUCUCGCCGUUGUUGCAUUGUUUGCGAGUAUACCAGGACGCCGUUACUGUUUUUAUUAGACCGAUGGAUCCAGGCACAGAGCCCGCCAUGAGCAACUCUGAUCUUCUUGAGACGCUGGCCAGUCUCCACUGGGCCCAGUCGGGGGACUCAGCGCUAUUUGAGAAGGUCGCCUCAAUCCGACUAGGACACGAGCUCUAUCAGCGCAUUAGCGGGAACCGCGACAUGGAAGCUCUCCGCCAGCAGACGAUAACCGCCAUCACCAAAUAUAUCACGGAUCACCCGCGCGCCAAACCGGAAGAGCUGCAGAAAGAAGUCGCCAGGCAGAUUUCCGCCUUUGCUGAGAAAGUUGACAGAAUGUAGGCUAACUUGGUCUACAGCCGCAUCGUUUUGUCCGAUCGACGAUAUAUUGUUGCGGGGAGGUUAUAUAAACCUCCGACAGAACAAAAUAAUGUUACGUGGAUCAGAGUGCUUACUUUGUAACACCAAGGCUACGACAAAAGUUCGAGAUGUUUUUAUUUGCGAAAAAAGACUAGCUUACAUUUAAAAAAGAUCUCAAAGGAAAUGCAGACCUCAGUCAAAAUAAAUGUUUUCAUAAAAGUUGCACAUAGAAAAAUAAGUUUUUUAAGGUGAUUUUUUUCUGUCAUAAUUUAGGCUUAUUCUAACCUUCCGUUGGCAAACGACAUUCGAUAUUGUUGAGAGAGUCUAUGGACAUGCAAACGAACAGUCUCAAGUCCCGAGUUCAGACUCAAGGGGCAAAACUGCAAAUUAAAUCUUUAUUAGCAACUUUCAUACCUUUUUGGUCGAGUUUUGAGGAUGAGCUUUGCUGCAUUGUAAUUAGUUUCUAAACUAUACAAUUAAUUAACAUUUACUUAAGUAAAACGAAUGAAAUAGAGGAUUCUUUGUAAUAUAAUAAAACUGCGUAUCUAUGCCGGAGGAUAGACUUGGACUGUUCAUAAUCCUGCUCUGGAUUUACUGUUACAGAUUGUUUCAGCAGUAUAUAUUGAGGUGCAGAAUACUUCCAUUUUUUUUCACUCCGAGGAAUCGACGCCGAAAAAUAUACAUGUAGAUAGCUUUAAGUUUGUAUUAGUUUAUUUAUAUGUGUUAUGUUUGUGCAUUUAAACUUAGGCUACAACAUAUAUAAGGUUAAUAUAUGUUUUAAAGGGUUCACUAACAGGCAUGGACCUUCCACUCUCAGCACUGUCUUUACCAGCUGAGAAGUAAUCGAAAUCACACAUAUCGGAAAAUAGCUCAUUUAAUGAGCUUAUGUUUCCUGUUAACAU